AGCAACAAUGUCAAAAAUCUUUCUCAUAUUCAUUGCCUUGCUCUUGCAUCUUCCUAUACUUUGUUCGCGUCCGGUAACACAUCUGUCGUCACCAAUUCAGUGGAGAUCAAUUAAGAACUCAACGGACCAACUGGGACGAGGGUCGUGCAGGACGGGUAAUCCCAUUGAUGAUUGCUGGAGAUGUGAUCCCGAUUGGGAAGCCAACCGUAAAGUGCUGGCGGAUUGUGGAAUUGGGUUCGGGCGCAAUGCCAUUGGCGGACGAGAUGGCGAGUUCUAUGUUGUUACAUCUGAGGGUGAUGACCCCAAGAACCCAAGCCCAGGCAUGCUUAGACAUGCAGUCAUCCAAGAUGUACCCCUAUGGAUCAUCUUUGAUCAUGACAUGAACAUUAGGUUGAAAGAAGAGCUCAUGAUGAACUCAUAUAAGACCAUAGAUGGUAGAGGAUUCAAUGUUGAGAUAUCGAACGGGCCAUGCAUAACCAUACAAGGUGCAACUAAUAUCAUCCUCCAUGGAAUUUAUAUACAUAACUGUAUCCCAGCAGGGAAUGCAGUGGUGACGGAUGCACCACGGCAUUAUCAACUACGAGGCAUUUCAGACGGGGAUGGCAUAUCGAUUUUUGGGGCACAGGACAUCUGGAUUGACCAUUGUACGUUGGCAAACUGCUACGACGGCCUUAUUGAUAUAGUUUAUGGAUCGACAGCUAUAACCAUCUCAAACAACUAUAUGUUUCAGCAUAAUGAAGUCAUGCUCAUGGGCCAUAGCGAUGAUUUUGUUGCGGACAAGAAUAUGCAAGUCACCAUUGCUUUUAAUUAUUUUGGAGAAGGUUUAGUUCAGAGAAUUCCCAGGUGUAGACACGGAUACUUUCAUGUUGUAAACAACGUAUACACGGGGUGGAAGAUGUACGCGAUAGGAGGAAGUGCGAAUCCAACCAUCAAUAGUCAAGGCAACGUCUUCAUUGCAUUAGACGACGAUGCUCCAAAGGAGGUCACAAAACGUGAAACGCCAGAGGGAGACGGCGAGUGGAAGAGAUGGAACUGGAGAUCGGAUGGGGAUGUGUUGCUAAAUGGAGCCUACUUCACAGCUUCUGGAAAUAGAACUCCAGAAAGCUACACAAAAGCAUCGAGCAUGGUCGCAAGACCGGCUUCGCUUCUUACUAGCAUUAUACCAUCCGCCGGGGUCCUCAGCUGCAAGAUUGGCCAACUCUGCUAAACCCCAUUGACAUUUUUCCGAGCUUUUAGUCUUUCGAUACUUUGAUGUUUUCGAAGAUUUUAUAGUUUCGAUUAUUUUAUUUGUCAUGUAUUCAUCACUUUUUUUAAAUUAUAUAGCGAUGAUGAAAUGACAAGUAUAAUUGAGUGGUCUGCAAUUCUGAGACAGUAUACAGAACUAAUUGCAAGUCAUAUAUAGCAAGAUUAGAUUUUUGUUCACUCGUAGACAAAAGAAUGGCUUUCUUACACACACUGUAAUAAAUCGAAAUUCAGUAAGAUGAAGUAAAGUACAGCAGGGUAGGUACGGUACAACAAAACUCGCAAAAAC